CUUAAAAUUUACUAGUUCAAAAAAUUGUUUUGUUGUUUUCUAUUUAGAUAAAACAAAAAUUAGUGUCAACAAUAGUCACAAUGUUCCGUAAGGUUAUAUCACAUGGGCGCAUUCAAACAAAUCUAUUAAAAAAUGUAUACUUUUCUUCACAAACAAAUUUACCAAAUACUCUUGAAAAAACUCUUAAUCAAGUAACAUUACUCGGAAGAGUUGGUGGAAAUCCUCAAGAGCGUGGAACUGCACAACACCCCGUAGUGAUUUUCUCAUUGGCAACCCAUCUCAAUUAUAAAUAUGAAAACGGUGAAUAUAUGCAAAAGACUGAUUGGCACAGAGUAUGUGUUUUUAAACCUUUCCUCAGAGAAAAUGUUAGUACUCAUUUGAAGAAAGGUCAACGCGUCUUAGUAAAUGGAAGAUUAAGUUACGGCGAAUUCAAAGACGAAGAAGGAAAUAUGAGACCAACUACAGCUAUUAUAGCAGAUGAUGUUAUAUUUUUCCAAUAAUAUUAAGUAAAAUAUAUUUUAAAAUUUUUAAAUAUUCGUAUAUCUUGUAUUUUU